UUUUAGGAGAGCACACACCUCGGAAUUUUUGUUAGAAAAAAAUCUGUGUAAUUUUUCUUCCCAUUGAAUCGAGUAAUUGGUUUUCUGGCGCUAUGGUGGAGAAAAAGAAACCGCUUCAACUGCUGCGAAUGGCGCGUUCUACCCUAUCGAUCAUCUACAACGAUCACUUCUUGUGGACCUUUGUCAAGAGCUACGGACUCUUCUCUCUGGCGAUCCCCGUGGCCAAGUUCCUGGAUGGCUUCCAAGUACUGCCCACUGGCGGCAUCUGAUUCUUUUUUGUUUUCAAGCGGAGUUAUGCACACUACACAAAAAUUACACAUUCAAUAAACAAAGGCAACAAGGCGGAACCAACACUAAGUCUGGUC